AUGGAGCAGGUCAUCGUUGGUAAGUUUUCAUCAACUAAUGCACCGCUUGUUCUAUCGUUUAUAAUCUGUUCUAUAAUCUUGGUCUGCCAAAUUGUUCGAGGCCGAGAAAUAAUUGAUCUUGUCAACCAGUUUUUGCAUCUCUUUCGGAAAGUGAGUGAUUUAUUUCAACCGAAAACACCUGGACUUGGCGGCAGACGUGAAUUGAUAUUAAUCCUACUGAAUUUGAUUUCCUUCGCCCAUGAGCAAACAUAUCUUUGGUUUACGGUACGAAAAGUAUAUUCUUGCUUUUACGUAGUCAGUGCCACCAAUAUGUUCAUCCACAUCAAUUUUAUCGGCUAUCUCAGUAUGGGUGUUCUUUAUUCCGAGGUCAAUAAAUAUGUUUAUACAAACUUGCAAAUUCAAUUACAAAAGUUAAAUACUUCGUCCAGCCAAAAAAAAAUACGAAAGGUACAAAAUCGUUUGAAAAAAUGCAUAAGCUUAAACAGAGAUAUGUAUAACACCAGCGUUUCGUUUCACAAGCUAUUUGUUCUUCCCCUUUUUCUGGCACUGAUAUAUAAGUUUGCACUAAUCGCCUUGAUCGGCCGGAAUGUGGCUGUAGAAUUUUAUUCAAGCAGCUUUGUUUUCUGGAUACUUUUGCUCAAACACGUGUUAGAUCUUUUUCUGGUAACUGUCUCCGUUCAGGGUGCUGUUAAUCAAUAUUUAAAAAUUGGGUUGGAAUUUGGAAAUGUCGGCGAACUAAGCAAGUUUCAAACUACGCUGGAUAUUUUAUUCAUCCAUCUAAGGCUUUGCCACUUUCGAGUCAGCAUUUUGGGUCUAUUUGAUGUUACCAAUAAGCUUUUUUUAAAGUUCAUAUCAGCACUUAUAUAUUUGCUAGUUUUUAUUGCACAAUAUAAAAUGCAAAAGGGAAAGGGCUAG